AUGCAGUGGCCAGUGGAAGAAGCCUCUUCCCUGGACAGGGCGGGGAGCCUGGAGAAGGAAAUAUCAGCUGGAAAAAGAAUAAUGGAAGGUUGUCUACACGAAAAUUGUAACUCCACUUGCCCAGAACUUCCUUAUCAAGAGAGUCAGACACUUCUGGUUGCUGUUUACAGCAUUGUUUUUGCUAUAGGCCUUCCAGCAAAUUGCUUAACUUCUCUGCUUACGUUUGUACAAAUCCAAAGGAAUAAAGUAGUUGCCAUCUACAUUUUCAGUUUAUCACUGUGUGAUCUGAUGUAUUUAAGUACCUUGCCUCUCUGGAUUAUCUAUGUGCAAAAUGGGCACAAGUGGACCAUGGGUGACACUGCUUGCAGAAUAACAGGAUUCAUCUUUUUCUGCAAUAUCUACAUCAGCAUUCUGCUUUUGUGCUGCAUCUCUGUGGAUCGUUACGUGGCAUUGGUGUAUUCUCUGGAAUCAAGGGGGAGAAGAGAACAGAAAAAGGCCACCAAAAUAGUCUGCUUUCUCUUUGCUGUGGUUGCAGGAAUCCACACUCCAGUGUUUUACAUGGAAGAUAAGCAAAACUGUACAGAGGUGAAAACCUGCUUUGAGACAGUUCCCCUUGACAUAUUAUUGGCUUCUUUCAGCUUCGCUAGAUUCCUAUUUGGAUUUGCCAUACCCUUCACAAUCCUGAUUUUUACAAACUACAAAAUUUUCCAAACUAUAAAAAGAAGCAGCAGCUUAACUUGUCGCCAGAAAGCCAAAGUGAAGUAUGUGGCUAUUGCCAUUAUUGUUAUUUUCUUGAUCUGCUUUGCUCCAUAUCAUGUGGUGCUCAUAAUAAGAGCCAUAUACUUUAUGCUUCAUCAGGACUGCCCAUGUCCAUUUGAAAAUAAGAUAUAUUCAGUUUUUACAGUGUUUCUGUGUUUAGGCACUGCAAACGGUGUUGCCGAUCCAAUUAUCUACGUUCUGGUCAGUGAAAAUGUCAGAAAAGAUUGUUACAGGAGCCUGAGAAGAUGGAGAUGGAACUCAUCCAAGCUAAAUUCAUCCACUGAUCACAAUACAGACAACAGAAAAUUGGAAAUGCCAAAAGAAUCAGAGGAACGGGGCCAAAGAAAAGAAAACAAAGAAAUAACAGAUUCAUCUGACAUUCAGAAGGCCUGUACCAGUGGCAGAGACCAGGAAAGUGGCAGCUAG